GAAAUCAUAGAAACACAUGAGGCAGUUAUGCGUAUAGGUGAAGCAGUACGAGCGUAGUACUUCUAAAUGCACUAUGCUGAAGCAGAAGGAGUCCAUAAAGGCUCUAACGCCAGGCAAGGAUGUUCAAAUAAGCCGUGGACCUCUGUCAAAGGAAAAAUGGAGAAACUGCUGAAAAGAAGGAAAGAGAAAAGGGCAAAAAAAAAAAAAGUUGUUUUUUUUUUUAUUCAAUGAUAUUUUUCUUUUUACACGUUCCACAAAAAUAGAUGUUUUGGGGGACAGCUACGUAUUUAAUGACGUAUAUCGAGACCAUCGUAAACCGAGGACCCCCUGUAAACAAAAUCCAAGCAGCCGAGUGACGCUUGUAAUUACUUUGACCGGCCGCAGGAUGGCGCUGUUUCCGUGUCCAGCCACGGGACGUUUGGCGACGAGGCUUUUGGAUCCACUGGGGGGGGGGGGGGGAAACACGUUUUUAUUUUGUUUCAUUUAUGAUUAGUUGUAGUGAAACAUGUCACCCUAUCAAAAAGUUGAAGUAUUGAUUGUCAAAUCUUGUUGUUGCUUCCCGGCGCUCCACGGGCGCCCAUCCCUCUCGCGAGCCGGCCGUGGGCGUGGUGUCGAGUUGGGAAAACAAGCCGCAGACGCCCCGUGACGCUAACCCCGCAUCAGUCGAGCUUCCCCGCGGAGGAGCAGCCGAGGCUCGCCCGGUAACGUCUCCCCCACCAGGGCCGUCAGACAGCCGCGGCCACCCCGGCCACCCCUCUUCUCCCCCCCCCCCCCCGUCUCGGAUGGGGGAGAACCGCACGCCGACCGGGGGCGUCCUGCGCGUGUAGCCGCCUGUUGGCCACCGAGAGACGGACGAUGAGCGGCGGAGAAGUCCUCCUCCACGGCUGGCUGAGGAAGUCGCCGCCGGAGAGGAAACUGCGGAGAUACGCAUGGAAGAAGCGUUGGUUCAUACUGCGCAGCGGGCGCAUGAGCGGUGACCCCGAUGUGCUGGAGUACUACAAGAACGACCACUCCAAGAAGCCAAUCCGGGUCAUAGACCUGCACUGCUGCGAGCAGGUGGACGCCGGCCUGACCUUCAAGAGGAAGGAGUUCCAGGAUAGCUUCGUGUUCGACAUCAAGACCUCGGAUCGCACCUUCUACCUGGUGGCCGAGACCGAGGAGGAGAUGAACAAGUGGGUGCGCGCCAUCUGCCAGCUGUGCGGCUUCAACCAGUCGGAUGACAACAACCACGAUGUCCGACUGCAACAUAUGCCGCGUUCCGUCGGAGCAGAUGUCUCCGGCUCCUCGGCCCCUCUGAGCGGCGGCGGCAAGUCGUCGGCGCCCGUCCACUCCAGCCAGCCCGUCCUGUUCACCUUCGACGUGCCCGUGCGCCACUCGCACCACGGCGCCCUGUCCAACAGCGCGCCGCAGGACUACCUCCUCCUGCACCAGUGCAUGAGCAGGAAGACGGAGAGCGCGCGGAGCGCCAGCUUCUCCCAGGCCACGAGAAGCAACGUGUUCACGGGCAGCGACUCGGCCGUCCAGAAGCUGUCGCACGGCUUCUCUCACUGUCUGAACGGGAUGGGCGCUCAGCUGCACGGCUUCUACAGCCUCCCCAAGGCCGGCAAGCAGCACCGGCCGGCGCCGUCCGACGACUCCUGCUACGUGUCGCCCCGGGGCUACGAGGCCCACGGCGCUCCUUCCGAGCUGGACCCGGAGAACGAGGAGGUGUACACCUUCCAGACGCCCUGCAACACCCUGGCCGCCGCCGGCGAGCGGCCCGCCGACAACUACGACCUCCCCACGCCCCCGGGUUCCUUUUACCAAAUACCGCGGACGUUUGAUAAGAACCACAACUCGCUGACGCCCUCCGGCUCCGAAUCGUCCCGCGCGCCCCCGCCCAGGCCGCCCAAGCCCGGCUCGGACGGGCAGUGGGGGAGUCCGCGCUCGCUAGGGAGCCAGAACGGUGACGCUUCGGCCGCCGUGUCGGUCAUCCCCAGAAGGAAUACGCUGCCCGCCGUGGAGAACGUCAGGCUGCACAGAGGCUCUUCGUUCGAAACGAGCACCCAUCAGCGUCCGAUCCAUUUCAACGACUCGGGCCAGUCCGUGGAGUCCGUCAACGACGGCUUCAGCUCGUACCUGAGAACCAGAACCCCCCUGACCCGCUCGGACAGCGGCAACUCGGACGACAACUACGUGCCCAUGAACCCGGGCUCGUCGCCGCUCAGCGCGGCCCCGGCGGACAGUCCCAAGAACGCCUACAUCCCCAUGAGCCCCGGGCCGCACCGCUUUGACUUCCCGGCCUUCUCGGCCACCUUGCCCGCCCGCAAGGGGAGCGGCGCCUCCCUGUGCCAGCGGCCCGCGCGCCUCAGCGACAUCACGCCGCCGCCCAUCAAUCGCAACCUCAAGCCCAACAGGAAGUCCAAGCCGACACCUCUGGAUCUCAAGAACAACGGCUUCAUUGACGAGCUGCCAUUUAAGAGCCCGGUCACCAUGUCCUGGACACGGCACAUGCCCGCCGCGAACUGCGCGCCCUCGCAUCGCUGUCGACCCAUCUCCACGCAAAGCGUCACCAGCACCGACUCCGCAGACAGCGAGGAGAACUACGUGGCCAUGCAGAACCCGGCGUCUACCUCGCCGGCCGUGAGCGGCACCGGCAGUCCGGCCCUCCGCAAGAGCGGCAACGUGGACUACCUGGCGCUGGACUUCCAGCCCGGAUCGCCCUGCGCACACAGAAAGCCGUCGACGUCCUCGGCGACGUCUGACGAGAAGGUGGACUACGUGCUGGUGGACAAGGAGAAGACGCAGGCGCUGCAGAGCACCAUGCAGGAGUGGACCGACGUGCGCCAGUCUACUGAGCCCUCCAAAGGGGUCAAGUCUUGACACCGAGUCCAGUUGGGGAGGCGAGAGGUCUUGAACUGUUUGGACCGCAAAGCAGCCAUAACAUGUAGCGAUGCCAUGAGUCAAAAGUUUUUAUACCAUCUAUGGACCAAAUAUCAUCCCUACUGAGGAAUGCUACAUUUUGUUUUCUUGCACUGAGCAGGUACAGUAAACCCCGAACCCUGCCGCGAAAAAUGGCGAAAAACUGUAAAUGCUUCCCCCGUCCCCUUCAAAUUCUCUGUGAUCUUCAAACUCAUCUUGCAACAUUAGCCUUCAAAUAAAAUGAUGAUUAUUA